AUGGCUAGUUGUUGGAUCAUCACCCUCUGCUGCUAUAGAAUUUCUCAAACCCAUGAUAGAAUUCUGACAGGGAGAGAUGUUCCAGAUGCUGUUCCAUCAAAAGGAUCAGAUCUUGAGAAGACAUCAUUGGCCUGGAAAUCUGAUUCUUAUAUUCAAGAAAAUUGGAGUUCUCUAUUGGAUGUAGUAUAUAACAAGUUUGCUUCUAACCCUGUGAAGGAGUUACUCGCUGCCGGUUCAGUCACCAGUACCUCAACAAUCGAGUGCGCAAUGGCAGAACUGAUAAAAAAUGUAGAGUCAAUGAAGAAAGUUCAAGAGGAGCUCAAGAUAGAACUCAGUGAAAAUGAUUACCUAAAAGAAUCUCAAUUGCUGCAGAUGUCCUAUGUCCAAGCCUGUGUGAAGGAAACACUUAAGUUGCCAGCACUAUUGCUGCUUCCACAUCAUGCUAUCGAAACUUGCCAAGUGAUGAGUCACACAAUACCUAAAGAUGCUCAAGUCUUGGUUAACGUCUGGGCUAUCACGAGGGAUCCUUUGAUAUGGGAAGAUCCAGAGAUGUUUAGACCACAGAGGUUUCUGAGUUCUUAUAUGGACUUCAAAGGGAAUGACUUUGAGUUCUUACCCUUCAGUGCAGGAAGGAGAAAGUGCCCAGGCAUGCCAAUGGCUGCAAUAAAAAUUCCCUUAGUCCUUGGUUCUCUUGUUCAUUUCUUUGAUUGGGAACUUUCUCAUGGAAAAUGUCCCAUCGAGCUAGACAUGACUGAGAAGUUUGGAGUAACACUGCAAAAGAAAGAACCAUUGCUUCUGAUUCCCAAGGCCAGAAAAUGACCAUCUGGAUACACUAUUAGUAUCUCUUAUCUGUGAUAUACCUUGCAUUGUGCAUUAGAUACAAGUAUAUUUUAUCCGGCUGCAUUCUCGUGUAGUUGUCCUUCAAUUUCUGUUACUAUUUGUUGUAUCAUGUACUUCGACUAUCGUAUUAUUUUGUUGUAGUAUUGUUCCGCUACUGGCUAUUGUUUUGGUUACUA